AUGGGUUUUCGACUGCAUCCUUCUAACCCGACAGGACCUCAAUUCUUAUGCUUUCACUCCUGUGCUGAAUGGAUCCCACGAUUCAAUUUUAUUUUGUUUUCUUUCCAAAGAGAGCGUAAGGUCCGUGGUUCGAAUCAGAUCUAUGCAUCUCGACUUUCUCUGUCUAGGCUUGGAAACCUAACCUUAUCCCAGCCCUUGUGCUUCUGUCAGGUGGCAUGGCAGCUAGGCACUGAAAGGGUGCUACAGCUGAACAUUCUCUAUAAAACUAUUUGGAAAAAAACGUUCAGCUGUAAUGCCCUUCCAGCGAGUAGCUGUCAUGCCACCCAAAAGAAGCACGAGGGCUGGGGCACUAGCAGGUUGUCCAAGCCUAGACAGGGUAGCCGAGGGGCAGAGGUCGGAACCUCGAACCUUGCGGUGAGAUUCGCGCUCUUAACCACUUGA